AAGUUCGUGCAUGGGUACUUCCUUUGCAUUUUUUAGUGGCACUUACGGUCCGUUGACUCCAAAUAGUUUUAUUUUAAAAAUGUUACUGCCACACUAGUAGAAUCGCGAUGGUAACCAACAACGUAUUAAAAGGUUGAUUAAAUCAUCGAAUGACACCCACCACUUACGCUUUCCUUGACUUAUUAUUCUUUGCCUUGACAUUUAACGUUACACUUCAAAAUUUCAAUUACGAGUAGGAAACGUAAUCUUAUUUGCGGUGAAGUUAUCUGUAUCAGAAGGUCAACGAAUAAACAAACGCUUACCGAUAAUUUGAUAAUGUAACUGCUCAUAUUUUUAACAAAACUUUGUAAGCGACACAUUUAGUUCAUUAGUAGGUGAUUGAUGGAAUCGUUGGAGUAUGAUGCUAACGCCAAAGUGACGGCGGUCAUAGGAGCACAAUGGGGUGACGAAGGAAAAGGAAAACUUAUACAUCUACUAUCCGAAUCGGCCGAUGUGGUGUGUAGAUGUCAGGGAGGAAACAAUGCCAGUCUUACGGUCGUAGGUAGAAAUGGAGAUUAUUCCUACCAUCUUUUACCAAGCGGCGUGUUUCAUCCUAACUGUCUAUCGAUUAUCGGCAAUGGCGUGGUACUCCACAUACCGAGUUUGGUCGAAGAACUGGAGAGUGACAUAGUAAAAGAGGCGGGAUCGCUCAAAGGACGUCUUUUGAUCUCUGACAAGGCACAUAUCGUCUUCGAUCUUCACCAGCAAGUGGAUCGACUACAGGAGGUUGAUGGUUGCUUCCAACGAAUUGGGACGACGAAGAAAGGUAUCGGUCCCACGUACGCAUCCAAGGUGAGACGGAACGGCAUGAGGAUGGUCGAUUUGAUCGGCGAUUUUGCAUAUUUUUCCGACAAAUUUCGCGGAUUGGUCAGCCUUUACGAGAGAAUGUUUCCGGAAUUAUCCGUGGAUAUUGACGCCGAAUUGGAAAAGUAUAAGAGAUACGCCGAAAUCCUCCGCCCGUACAUAACCGAGACAGUCCAUUGCAUCAAUAAGUGCAUUAAAGAAGGCAAAAGGAUAUUCGUGGAAGGCGCCAACGCCGCUUUAUUGGAUAUCGAUUUUGGAACAUAUCCAUUUGUCACGUCUUCCAAUUGCAGCAUUGGAGGAGUGAGCACCGGUUUAGGUAUACCUCCAACAAAAAUAGAGCAUGUAAUAGGUGUAAUAAAAGCGUACACCACCAGACGAGCCGAUGGUCCUUUCCCUACGGAGGUAAACGACGACGUACUUGAAUAUUUACAAAUGAAGGGGAACGAGUUUAAUCCGGUAACGGGCAAAGGGUUGCGCUGUGGUUGGCUAGAUUUGUUCGCGUUGAAAUACUCCGACAUGAUAAACUGCUACAGCGCCUUCGCACUUUCUAAACUGGACGUUUUGGACGAAUUCAAAGAAAUAAAAGUAGGCAUUUCGUAUACAUCCAGAGGAAAGGAGCUAGACUCCUUUCCGUCUAAUGUUUCCGAUUUUGCUGCGGUAACAGUUCAGUACAGGACUUUACCAGGGUGGCAGUGUUGCACGAAAAACGUUAAGGUUUAUGAGGAGCUACCUCAAAAUGCAAAGCGAUUUGUUGAAACGAUCCAGUGUGAAGUGGGAAAACCAGUGAGAUGGAUUAGUAUCGGAGAAGGUAAGGAGUCUAUGAUUGUAGUACCAUAAAAUUGUAUUUUUGUUGGUAAUAAAAUAUUUCCAAAUUU